AUGCCCCACACUGCCUCUGACUCCCAAGCUCCAGUGCCUGUGCAGAUGGCCCAGAAUGGGCAGACUUCACGCCAGACCGUAGGCAAAGAUGUCUCCCCAAGCAUCAUCAGGGUGUUGGUGAAGACGCCUAAUGCCCAGGAGGAAUUCGUGGUGUCCGAUGAUACUACCGUGAGUCAAUUCAAAGAGGCCAUCUCGGCCCAGUUCAAGUGCAAUGUUGACCAGCUAGUGCUGGUCUUUGUGGGCCGCAUCCUGAAAGAUCAGGACACUCUGUACCAGAGGGGUAUCUUGGAUGGCUACACAGUCCAUCUGGUCAUCAAGUCCAAGAAUGGUCCCCCAUCCCAGUCCUUUGGGCCCCAUGGGUCACCUGCCCUGGAGUCUUGCCCUCGAGAGGCAAUAGGAAAGGUAGUGGGCAGUGGCGGGCGACAGCCCAGCUGCCCUAGCCGAAACACACUGCCCUCUGUACCAUUCAUUGGGCCUGAGAAGCCCAAAGCCCCAUGUCAGGUUCCACAGCCACACCCUAUGCACACUCCAGAGAGGAUGGCUCAAAUGCUUGAGAGUCCAGUCAUCCAACAGCUCCUCUCCAACACUGAGUUGAUGAGGCAGUUGAUCAUGGACCACCCUGAAGUGCAGCAGCUGAUGAAACAGAAUCCCGAGGUAGGCCACAUACUUGACAACUCAGAGAUUCUGCGGCAUACCCUUGACCUGGCCCGGAAUCCAGCCAGGAUGCAGGAGAUGAUACAGAGACCAGACAUGCCAAGGACCCCAGAAGGGUUCUGGGAUGAUCCCCAGCAACAAGAAGAGAUGAACUCUGGGACUCGAUUUACAGGAAAUAUGCUGCAGCUGCUGGUACAGAACCCACAUCUGGCAGCACAGAUGAUGCUGUUCAUGGGAUCACCUCAGCUCUAUGAACAGAUGCGACAACAGCUGCCCACCAUUCUGCAGCAGAUGCAGCUGUCAGACCUGUUGCUGGCCCUGGCGAACCCCAAAGCAUCUCAGGCACUGCUGCAGAUUGAGCAAGGCCUGCAGAUGCUGUCCACAGAAGCUCCAGCCUUGCUACCGUGGCUCACCCCAUACCUGUGGGGCUUGGGGCGCAAUGCCUUCCCUGAGACAGGGGCAGCAGGGGCUCAGGGCAAGGAGACUUCUAGCCUCCCGGGCAGAGGCAAGACUGAUACACGCUACCAGCCCCUUGCCAUCCUGCAGCGUCUUCAGGCUCUUGCUGGAGGCUACUCCCAGCAGAUGCAACCUCCGGAAGUCCGCUUCCGCCCACAGAUGGAGCGUCUGAGAGCCAUGGGCUUCAGGAACCACAAUGCCAACCUUCAGGCUCUGAUUGCCACUGAAGGGGACACCAGCGCUGCUGUCCGUAGGCUCAAGCGGUCCCAGGCAUCUUAG